CUUCCAUAUGGCAUCUCCAACACCCUCACCUCAACCCAAAUCCGAUACCCCGGAUUCCCACUACUUUGCACUCACCAUCGCCGUGGUUGCCAUCAUGAUUAUAGUGUCAAACGUGAUAGCCUUUGCAUGCUGUUCCCCAUGUCGCUUUGCUCUAGCUCUUCGGAGGUUCUUCCGGCGACCUGAGGUCUCCACCAGCGAAACCAACAGUAAUGCCAAAACUGCCAGGGUUAUUCCGGCACUGAAGUAUCACAAUGAAGAGGAGGACUUGGAGAAUGCAUCCGAUAGCGGGUGCUCGGUGUGCCUAUCGCCUUUCAUGGAUGGAGAAUAUAUCCGGCAGCUGCCGCCAUGCAACCACACCUUCCACGCAGCUUGUAUAGAUAUGUGGCUCUACUCUCACUCCAACUGCCCCCUUUGCCGUGCCAGCGUUCCAGUACGGCCUCCUCGCCGCCCGACUGCCGCCGCUGCGGUGGAUUCCGGGCCGCAACAUCCAACAGAUUUCGGCUUGAUGGCCGGCGUCGUCGGUGUUCUGGUGUGACAUGGUGACCUGGGCGCCGGCUUGGUUGUACAACGGAAAAUUUCCCCCUUUUCCAUUAUUCAUUUCUUAUUUUUUCAUUUUUUUUGGCCUGCUGUGUGUGAGCCGAAAUGGCGUCCAAGUGCACAGAUACAAGAGCCUCAAGGGCUCGAACUAAUGAUCUGAAUUCCAUGUAUUUUCAGAGACAUGUCGAGAAAUGCUAAGGAA